AUGGAAGCUCCACCGCCUGAUCCAAGAUUAGAAUUUUUAGGAAGCUACGUUCAAAAAUCUAUGAAACUCAAACCAGAAAAAUGGGCCAGAUUAUUGGGAACAGAAGACCUUAAAAAACAAAUUGUGGCAUUUUUGGAUAAUUCUGAACCUGCUUUUUUAAUUGUUUUACAAAAUUCAGCUGCACAACUAUUGUUAGCAAGUAGUUUUCCAAUUAGUCUUAAAAGCAAAGCAACGUAUUUUAUUAAAAAAAAAAAUAAACCGAUUCCAAAAGAAAACAUAUCGGAACAUCUUGUUUUGGGUGAUAUGGCAACAAAACAUAUAGAACAAUUAGCCACUUUAGUUGAUGAGAUAUUUGUACCUCUUUUAUCGAAUCCAAGCAAUCAUAAAAAAUGGCCGCCUGUAAUUGCACAAGACGUUAAAAAACACGUUCAUAGUUUAAAAUCAACCGUUUAUCAAGUUAAAGGGCAAGUUUCGGGACAAACGGUCCUACCAAUGCCUGUAGGAGUUGAAAAAGUACACGAUGCUGAAAAGCAACUUAGAGCAAGCGGUGGUGAAGACGUUGAUUUAUACCUUAAAUCGGCUAUUGAAGGAGUGGUUAUUAAAUGGGCUACACAAAUUAACGAUGUACUCACAAAAGAAUCUUCUCAUGCGUUUCAUAAUAAUCAAAAUCCUAAUCCCUACGUAGAAAUAAACUUUUGGAAUAGUAGAUUAAGAAAUUUAGAAUACAUUUACAAUCAACUCAGAGAUGAAAGAGUUAGAAAAAUGGCGGUUAUUUUAGAAAUAACGGACAGUGCUUAUUUUCCCUGCUUUAAAAAUCUUUUUUUAAACAUCGUCGCCGCACUAGCCGAAGCUAAAGAUAUUUGUUUAUAUCUUAAACCUCUUUUGAAACCUUUGACAAAUUUAGAAAACACAAUCGAAUUCUCCGACAUAAAACCUCAACUGAAACCACUUUUGCACGUCGUCUGCUUAAUAUGGGCAAAUUCAAAGUAUUAUUGCAAUUCAGCAAAAAUAAUCGUACUCAUAAGACAAAUAUGUAAUUUAUUAAUAGAGCAAGCGCAACAUUUUCUAGAUCCUUCUUCUCUUUUUCAAACGGAUGUCGACGAAGCAAUGCAAAGAAUAAAACUUUCCGUAUCGAUAUUCGAUGAUUUUCGUAAAGCUUUUGACGAUUGCAAAAACAAUAUGGCGUCCUAUUUUAAAAAUGAACAACCCGUCAUGUGGACUUUUCAUCCCAAUAUUGUUUUCGAAAGAUUUGAACAGUUUUUGAACCGAUUACAAACUAUACAAUCGUUUUUCGACACCGUUCAAGAAUUUUUAAAACUUGAAAAAAUUGAAAUUGGAGGAUUGAAAGGGAGAACGCUGAGUGGGAGAAUAGUUAAAAUAAGUCAAGAAUUUCACGAAUAUUUUUCCGUUUUUGCAACUAAAACAUAUAACGUUUUAGAUCCGGAGGAUGACGCUUUCAUUUUUGAUUACAAUGAGUUUCAAGUUAAAAUAAUGGAAUUGGAUAGAAAACUAGCAUCAAUUUUAUGCGAAGCAUUUGAUGACUGUCAUAAUUUGGAAAGUAUAUUAAAACUUAUUAACAUAAUCGGUACCAUUUUAGAAAGGCCACUUGUUAAAGAUAAAUUCACGGCUAAAUAUAAAAAAAUUGUUGAUUUUUUAAUAUGUGAAGUCAACGUUUGCCAGGAGCUUUAUGAUGAACAAAUGCAAUUUCUUAAAUUAAAUAAAUACAUGCAAGUGUAUAAAUUUCUUCCUACAUUAGCCGGAGCUUUUCAAUGGUGCGAUCAAUUGGGAAUGAGAAUACAAAAUUGUGUCGUUUCAUUUAAAACCAUCGAUCAUCCAAUUUUAAAAUGUCCAGAAGCGGAAAGUGCCAUUGAAAAAUAUAAUAUUUUAAUCAAUUCAUUGGAUGAAUUAAAAAAAAAAUAUUUUGAAGAAUGGGCUCAAACGGUUGAAGAUAAAUGUAAAAAUAAUUUAGAAAAAAGUUUACUCGAUAGAAAAAAAGAAAAUGCAGAAUUAAUUGUUAAUUUUGAUCCUGAUUUGGUUGCCAUUCUUCGUGAGGUACAUUAUUUACAGUUGAUGAAUAAGGAAAACAUACCGCAAGCAGCUUUAAAUUUAUCCGAAAAAGAAGAAGUUUUUAGAAGGUACACGGCGAGAUUGAAUCAAAUCAAAGAUUGGUAUAAUAAAAUUAGAAGAGUUUGCGCUCCCGUUGAAUUUAAUCUAAUUAAAGAUUUGGUAAAAGAAAUAGAUAAAGAAAUAGAAAAAGGUCAAUACGAUUUAAAUUGGAAUUCUCCCAAUCUUUCCGAAUACGUAGAUAAUCUUUUCAAUUUGGUCGGGAGUUUGGAUAAAAGAGUACAAAGUACACAAUACAACAUAAGCGUAAUUAGAAAUAUCAUGUCGACUUGGUUGAAAUUACCACUUUUCGAAAGAAAAGAUGGAAAGAAAGAUGCGUUAUUAUGUCUGGAUGAAAAAACGGAUAGGAUUCAAAAAAGAUAUGCAGAAAUGAAAACGGCAGCCGACGACAUAUUUAAAAUGAUAGAAAAAAAUAUGACGUUGUUUGAUAUGAAAGAAAAAACUAAUUCUUCCGCGUGGAAAAAAUAUUUACAAUAUGUCGAUUCGAUCGUAUCGGGAGCUUUGUUGAGGACGAUAGGAUGCAGUAUAGCGUAUUUGGCAGAAGGUAUGGAUUCUACAAAAAAUUUAACACCUUUAUUUGAAGUCCGACUUGAAUUGCUCGAUCCCGAUGUUGUUUUCGUCCCUUCUCUCAAUCCAAAUUCAACGGAUACAUUUUUAUCUGUGAUCGAAAACCUUAUAAAAGAUAUACUUUUGAUGGCAACAUUGAUACCCAGAGUAGCUUCAGAAUCGGAUAAUCAGACGGAUUACCUUCAAGAAAUUGAAAAUAAUCAAGAUAUAUUAGAUAUGAAAAAUGAAAUUAUCGAAGGAGUUAAAAUAGUAAUGAAUGAAGCGAACGAAUUUGCAAGUGGCGUAGAUGCAUAUUCUUACCUUUGGUUGGAUGAUUCUCAAUCUUAUCUGGCUCAAUUUUUAACUUAUGGAAGGCAAUUAACAAUGGAAGAAAUGGAAUACGUUGCAAAUAAUGAUCCGGCUCAACCGAAAACAUGCAAUCCGAAAAUAGAGGAUUUUCGAGAACAGAUCGAUCAGUACGAAAAUCUUUACUCCGAAGUCGAAGAAUUAGCAUCGUUUCAAAUAUUUUGCGGAUGGUUUCAAGUUGAUUGUAGACCCUUUAAGCAAUCGCUUUUAAAUACAGUCAGAAAAUGGGGUAACAUGUUUAAACAACAUUUGGUUGAACAUGUGAUGUCAAGUUUAACAGAUCUUGCUAACUUUAUAAGCCAAGCUGAUGAGGGUCUACUACAAAACGUAGAAGAAGGUGAUUACGAUACACUAGUAAGCGUUAUGGGAUAUUUGAUGAACGUAAAAGAAAGACAAGCAGUAACGGAUGACAUGUUUGAACCCAUUCGAUUAACCAUUGAAUUGUUAAAAUCAUACGAUCAAGAACUUCCGGAAGAAGCAAAUGUUCUUCUACAAGAACUUCCAGAACAGUGGGAAAACACUAAAAAAAUUGCUACGGUUGUAAAACAGCAAGUUGCUCCUCUUCAAGCCGUCGAAGUUUCUUCGAUAAGAAAAAAAAUUCAAGCAUUCGACGUGACACAAAAUCAAUAUCGCGAUUCUUUUAAAAAAUAUUCUUUCAUGAAAAACGAUUGCGAAAAUCCAUACGAUGAAUUAGACAAAGCACAUUUGGAACUUUUUUCUUUCGAACAAGAAAUGAAAAAAAUUCAAGAUUCGGCAUCCCUAUUUGAAGUUAACGUACCGGAAUUCAAACCAAUGAAACAAUGUAGAAAAGAAAUUAAAAUGUUAAAACAACUUUGGGAUUAUGUUAACAUCGUUCAAUCGUGUAUCGAAGAUUGGAAAACGACUCCUUGGAGAAAAGUCGAUGUGGAAAAUAUGGAUAUCGAAUGUAAAAAAUUCGCAAAAGAAAUCAGAGCCUUAGAUAAAGAAAUGAGAGGUUGGGAUACUUACAUAACAUUAGAAGCAACUGUAAAAAAUAUGUUGACGUCAUUAAAAGCCGUUGGAGAACUUCAAAAUCCAGCUAUUAGAGAAAGACAUUGGAAUCAAUUAAUGUCUUCAACAAAGGUCGAAUUUGUUAUGGAUUCGAAAACAACACUGGCCGAUCUUUUGGAAUUGAAUUUACACAAAUGCGAAGAAGAAGUUAAAAAUAUCGUCGAUAAAGCGGUUAAAGAAAUGUCAAUGGAAAAAAUAUUAAGAGAACUUAACGUGACAUGGUCAAAAAUGGAAUUCGAUCAUGAAAUUCAUUCAAGAACGAAUUGCAAACUUUUAAAAACGACAGAAGAAUUAAUUGAAACAUUAGAAGAUAAUCAGGUUCAAUUACAAAAUUUAAUAACAUCAAAAUUUAUAGCACAUUUUUUGGAAGAAGUAUCGGGUUGGCAAACGAAACUUUCAAUUGCCGAUCAGGUUAUUACCGUUUGGUUCGAAGUACAAAGAACUUGGAUGCAUCUUGAAUCGAUUUUUAUGAGUUCCGAAGAUAUAAGAAAACAACUUCCGGAAGAUGCCGAACGUUUUGAUAACAUCGAUCGAGAUUUUAAAAUGCUAACUGAUAAAAUGACCAUGACUCCGAAUGUAGUGCAAGCAACAAAUCAAGAAGGUCUUUUAAAAACUCUUGACGAUCUUCAAAAACAAUUGAUUUUAUGCGAAAAAGCUCUUGCCGAAUAUUUAGAAACGAAACGUCUUUCGUUUCCUAGAUUUUAUUUUGUUUCUUCUGCAGAUUUAUUAGAUGUACUUUCCAAUGGAAAUCAACCGGAAUUAGUUGCAAAGCAUUUAACGAAAUUGUUUGAUUCGCUUGCAAGAUUAAAUUUCAAAGAGAAAGAAGGAAAGCCAGUAACGGCAUUGGGAAUGUACGCUAAAGAUGGCGAAUAUGUUGAAUUUAACGAAGAAUGCGAUUGUACAGGAGCUGUGGAAAAAUGGUUAAACAGAGUUCAAAGUUCGAUGAGAUUAUCAAUUCGACAUUAUUUUUCCGAAGGUGUUUUCACAUACGAAGAAAAACAAAGAGAACAAUGGCUGUUUGAUUAUCCGGCUCAAGUUUCACUUUGCGGUACGCAAAUUUGGUGGACGACGGAAGUGAAUAUGGCAUUUGCACGACUCGAAGAAGGUUACGAUAACGCUCUCAAGGAUUAUCAAAAAAAACAAAUUUCUCAAUUGAGUACAUUGAUAUCAUUGCUUCUCGGAGAAUUAACGAAACAAGAUCGGCAAAAAAUAAUGACCAUUUGUACAAUCGACGUUCAUUCGAGAGAUGUCGUUGCAAAACUUAUACAAAAAAAAGUUGAAAGUUCAAAUGAAUUUCAAUGGCAAUCACAAUUACGACACAGGUGGGAUGAACAGGAAAAAGAUUGUUUUGCUAACAUUUGUGACGCACAAUUUCGUUAUUCCCACGAAUAUUUAGGAAACACACCAAGACUUGUCAUCACUCCUUUAACGGAUAGAUGCUAUAUUACCUUAACGCAAAGCUUACAUUUGAUUAUGGGUGGAGGACCAGCAGGACCUGCUGGUACGGGAAAAACGGAAACGACAAAAGAUUUAGGGCGCGCGUUAGGAAUUAUGGUUUACGUGUUUAAUUGUUCUGAACAAAUGGAUUACAAAUCUUGCGGAAACAUAUACAAAGGUUUAGCACAAACCGGUGCUUGGGGUUGUUUCGAUGAAUUUAAUAGAAUAUCCGUUGAAGUUUUAUCUGUUGUCGCCGUACAGGUGAAAUCUUUACAGGAUGCAAUACGUGAUAAAAAAUCAACUUUUAAUUUUAUGGGAGAAAUGAUUGCGAUGGUGCCCACAGUUGGUAUAUUUAUUACAAUGAAUCCUGGAUAUGCUGGGAGAACGGAACUUCCGGAAAAUUUAAAAGCGCUUUUUAGGCCCUGUGCUAUGGUCGUGCCUGAUUUUGAGCUAAUAUGUGAAAUAAUGCUCGUCGCCGAAGGAUUUCAAGAAGCCAGAGUUUUAGCAAGAAAAUUUAUCACUUUAUACACUCUUUGUAAAGAAUUACUUUCGAAGCAGGAUCAUUACGAUUGGGGUCUGAGAGCGAUAAAAAGCGUUUUGGUUGUUGCAGGUUCAUUAAAGAGAGGAGAUCCUGGAAGACCGGAAGAAGAAGUUUUAAUGAGAGCUUUAAGAGAUUUUAACAUACCAAAAAUUGUUACUGAUGAUGUACCUGUUUUUAUGGGUUUGAUAGGAGAUUUAUUUCCUGCAUUAGACGUACCUAGAAAAAGAGAUAUGGAAUUUGAAAAAACAGUCAAACAAGCAACGCUCGAUUUAAAUUUACAACCAGAAGACAAUUAUAUUUUAAAAGUUGUUCAGUUGGAAGAAUUAUUGGAAGUAAGACAUUCCGUUUUCGUUGUGGGAACGGCUGGAACUGGAAAAACUCAAGUUUGGAAAACGUUAUACAAAACUUAUCAGAACAUUAAAAAAAAACCCAUUUAUAACGAUUUGAAUCCAAAAGCAGUAACAAAUGAUGAACUUUUUGGAAUCAUUAAUCCAGCUACCAGAGAAUGGAAAGAUGGUCUCUUCUCCAUUUUGAUGAGAGAUCAAGCGAAUUUGGGGGGUGAUAAUCCGAAAUGGAUUGUUUUAGACGGUGAUAUAGAUCCAAUGUGGAUCGAAUCAUUGAAUACCGUCAUGGAUGAUAAUAAAGUAUUAACAUUGGCUAGUAAUGAAAGAAUAGCUCUUACUCCAGCCAUGCGUCUUCUUUUUGAAAUAUCUAACUUGAGAACGGCUACUCCGGCAACGGUUUCAAGAGCUGGAAUUUUGUAUUUGAAUCCACAAGAUUUAGGAUGGAAUCCGUUCGUGACGAGUUGGAUUGAAACCAGACAAAACGCGACGGAAAAAUCAAAUCUUGUCACUUUUUUCGAUAAAUACAUUCCGGCAUGCCUGGAGAAUAUAAGAACUCGAUUUAAAAAAAUCACCGGAAUCGUCGAAAUAGCUCACAUACAAAUGCUUUGUUUUUUAUUAGAUUGUUUGUUAAUACCUCAAAAUUACGUACCGGAAGGUCCGAAAGAAAUAUUAGAAACUUAUUUUGUUUUUGCUUGCAUUUGGGCAUUCGGUGCGGCCAUGUUUCAAGAUCAAGCCGUAGAUUAUAGGGUAGAAUUUUCAAAAUGGUGGGUUAACGAAUUCAAGAGUAUAAAAUUUCCAGCUCAAGGAACUGUUUUCGAUUAUUACAUCGAUGCCGAAACCAAACAAUUUACACUUUGGACCGAACGAGUACCAAAAUUUGAAUUGGAUUCGGAUAUCCCACUCCAGGCCGUGUUGGUGCACACAUCUGAAUCGAUAAGAAUUCGUUAUUUUCUUGAUAUUCUUAUGGAAAAAAGACAUCCGGUCAUGUUGGUCGGUAAUGCCGGAUGUGGGAAAACGGUACUCAUUGGUGAAAAACUAUCUAGUUUAAAUGAAAAUUUUGCCGUCGCUAAAAUACCAUUUAAUUUUUACACGACGUCCGAAAUGUUUCAAAAAAUAUUAGAAAAACCGUUGGAAAAAAAAGCUGGAAGAAAUUACGGUCCGCCUGGAAACAAAACUUUAAUUUAUUUUAUCGACGAUAUGAAUAUGCCGGAGGUUGAUCCUUAUGGAACCGUUCAGCCCCAUACAAUAAUUAGACAGCAUUUAGACUAUUCUCAUUGGUACGAUAGAACGAAGUUAACGAUUAAAGACAUUCACAACACGCAAUACGUUUCUUGCAUGAAUCCGACCGCUGGAAGUUUUACAAUCAAUCCAAGAUUACAACGUCAUUUUUGCGUUUUGGCGGUCAGCUUUCCGAGUCAAGAAUCUCUUAACAUGAUAUAUCAUUCAAUAUUAAUACAACAUCUAAAUAAUUCCGAAUUUAAAUUUCCAUCAACCGUAGUGAAAUUAUCACAAAGUAUCGUGACAGCAAGUUUGGCACUUCACUCCAAAGCGGGAGCCGUUUUUCUUCCGACAGCAAUUAAAUUUCAUUACAUAUUUAAUUUGAGAGAAUUAUCGAAUGUUUUUCAGGGGCUGUUGUUUAGUACGAACGAAUGCUUAACUCAACCGACCGAUUUGAUUCGUCUGUGGCUUCACGAAACAGAAAGAGUUUACAGAGACAAAUUGACGGAUGAAAAAGACAUAGAUGCUUUUAAUAAAAUUCAAACGGAUUUAGUCAAAAAAAAUUUCGAUGACGUGGAUGAAGGUGUCGUGUCUGAAAAACCUAAUCUAUACUGUCAUUUUGCACAAGGAAUCGGAGAACCGAAAUACAUGCCUAUAACCGAGUGGACGGUCAUAACGAAACUUUUACAAGAAGCAUUAUCUUCUUACAAUGAUCUUGUUGCCGCCAUGAAUUUAGUUUUGUUCGAGGAUGCCAUGAUGCAUAUAUGCAGAAUAAAUAGAAUAUUGGAGUCUCCGAGAGGUAGCGCACUUUUAGUAGGUGUCGGAGGUAGCGGAAAACAAAGCCUUUCCAGAUUAGCAGCUUUCAUAGCUUCUUUGGAAGUGGCACAAAUACAAUUGAGAAAAGGUUACGGAGUUUUCGAUUUGAAGAUGGAACUUUCAAGUUUGUACCUUAAAUCAGGAUUGAAAAACGUCGGAAUUAUGUUUUUAAUGACGGAUGCUCAAGUACCCUACGAAACGUUUUUAGUACUCAUUAACGAUAUGUUGGCAUCGGGAGAAAUUCCUGAUUUAUUUCCGGAUGACGAAAUGGAAAAUAUAAUUGGUGGAGUGAGAAACGAGGUCAAAGGAGCUGGAAUUUUAGAUACAAGAGAAAAUUGUUGGAAAUUUUUUAUCGACAGAGUUCGAAAACAGUUAAAAGUUGUUUUAUGUUUUUCUCCGGUCGGAUCAACUUUACGAGUUCGUUCCAGAAAGUUUCCAGCCGUGAUUAAUUGCACUGCUAUUAAUUGGUUUCACGAAUGGCCACAGGAAGCUCUGAUGAGCGUAUCAAAAAGAUUUUUAGAAGAAUUAGAACCUUUGCCGUCGGGUUUACGGGAAUCGGCAGCGAAAUUUAUGGCUCAUGCUCACACAUCUGUAAAUUCAAUGUCGAGAAUUUAUCUUCAGAACGAAAGGAGGUAUAAUUACACGACGCCGAAAUCGUUUCUCGAACAGAUUUCUCUUUAUUCAAGACUUUUAAAAAUGAAAAAUGACGAACUGACCGGAAAAGUCGACAGACUUCAAAACGGUUUGGAAAAAUUAAGGAGUACAGCCGAACAGGUCGAUGCUUUGAAAGAAAAACUUGCCGUACAAGAAGUGGAGCUGAAAAUUAAAAACGAAGCAGCCGAUGCUUUGAUUGAAAUAGUAGGAGUUGAAACGGAAAAAUGUUCAAUAGAAAAAAGUAUAGCCGAUGAAGAAGAACAAAAAGUCGCUUUGAUAGCAUCGGAAGUAUUAAAAAAACAAAAAGAUUGCGAAGCUGAUUUGGUUAAAGCCGAACCUGCUCUUUUAGCAGCACAAGAAGCUUUGAAUACUUUAAACAAAGCAAAUCUUACGGAACUCAAAUCAUUCGGAUCUCCUCCGGGAGCUGUCACGAACGUCACGGCAGCAGUUAUGGUACUUUUAGCUCCCAAUGGUAAAAUUCCAAAGGAUAGAAGUUGGAAAGCGGCAAAAAUAAUGAUGGCAAAAGUUGAUCAAUUUUUAGACACUCUCAUUAAUUACGAUAAGGAAAAUAUUCAUCCGGAAAUAAUAAAAGCAAUUCAACCUUAUUUAAAAGAUGCUGAAUUCGAACCUGAAUUCGUCAGAUCUAAAUCAGGAGCGGCUGCAGGUUUGUGUGCUUGGGUGAUAAACAUAAUAAAAUUUUACGAAGUUUAUUGCGACGUGGAACCGAAAAGAAAAGCUUUGGCCGCUGCCAAUGCUGAACUGGCAACAGCGCAAGAAAAAUUAAGCAUUAUAAAAAAUAAAGUUGCCUCUUUGGAAGAACAAUUGGCUAAACUCACGGCAGAUUUUGAAAAAGCCACGUCGGAAAAAUUAAGAUGUCAACAAGAAGCGGAUGCGACGAGCAGCACCAUAAGUUUGGCUAACAGAUUAGUAGGCGGAUUAGGAUCGGAAAACGUUCGUUGGGCUGAAUCGGUUGCAAAUUUCAUGCAGCAAAGAAUGACGUUACCUGGAGAUAUACUUUUGGUCACUGCUUUCAUAUCGUACGUCGGUUGUUUCACAAAACAAUUUCGUUUGGAUUUAAUGAAUAAAAUGUGGCAACCAUUUUUAAAAACCUUAGAGCCGCCGAUUCCAAUAACGGAAGGACUUGAUCCUUUAUCACUUUUAACUGACGAUGCUCAAAUAGCUACUUGGAAUAACGAAGGUUUACCCAGCGAUCGAAUGUCGACGGAAAAUGCAACAAUUUUAUCCAAUUCCGAUCGAUGGCCUCUAAUGAUCGAUCCUCAGCUUCAGGGAGUAAAAUGGAUAAAACAAAAAUAUGGAGAUUCUUUAAAGGUCAUUCGAUUAGGUCAAAAGGGAUAUUUGGACGUGGUGGAAAAAGCUUUGGGAUGCGGCUCAACAAUAUUAUUUGAAAAUAUUGGAGAAAGUGUAGAUCCCGUUUUGGAUCCACUUCUGGGAAGGAAUCUCAUAAAAAAAGGAAGAGCCAUUAAAAUCGGGGAUAAGGAAGUUGAAUAUAAUCCAAGUUUUCGACUCAUACUUCACACAAAGCUAGCAAAUCCUCAUUACAAACCGGAAAUGCAAGCACAAACCACUUUGAUUAAUUUCACGGUGACGAGAGACGGACUUGAAGAUCAAUUACUUGCAGAAGUCGUGAAAGCUGAAAGACCGGAUUUGGAAGAAUUAAAAGCGGAUUUAACGAAACAACAAAACGAUUUUAAAAUAAUGCUUAAAAAAUUAGAAGAUGAUCUUUUGUCGAGAUUAUCAUCAGCCGGAAGCAAUAUUUUAGGAGAUACGGCUUUGGUUGAAAAUUUAGAAACGACAAAACGUACAGCGGCCGAAAUCGAGCAAAGAGUUGGCGAAGCAAAAAUUACGUCAGCAAAAAUUGAUCAAGCAAGAGAAUAUUAUAGACCGGCAGCAUCGAGAGCGAGUUUAAUUUAUUUUAUUUUAAAUGAUUUAAACACGAUUAAUCCGAUUUAUCAAUUUUCCCUCAAGGCUUUCAGCGUGGUUUUUCAAAAGGCGAUCGAAAGAGCUGAAAAAUCAGAAGACGUAUCGAUCAGAGUUAAUAAUUUAAUCGAUUCGAUAACAUAUUCGGUAUUCAUGUACACAACGAGAGGAUUGUUCGAAUGCGACAAACUUAUUUUCACGUCGCAAAUGGCUUUUCAGAUUCUUUUGACGAAUGAAGAAAUUCUACCGGCAGAAUUAGAUUUUUUUUUAAGAUUUCCAAUAACGCCACACGUCACGAGUCCGGUUGAUUUCUUAUCGAACACUAGCUGGGGCGGAGUAAGAACAUUAUCUCAAAAAGAUGAAUUCAGGAGUCUCGAUCGAGAUAUCGAAACAUCGAGUAAAAGAUGGAAAAAAUUCGUCGAGUCGGAUUGUCCGGAAAGGGAAAAAUUACCCCAAGAAUGGAAAAACAAAACGGCUUUGCAAAGAUUGUGUUUGAUGAGAGCACUCAGACCGGAUAGAAUGACUUACGCAAUGGCUGUUUUCAUCGAAGAAAAAUUAGGUUAUAAAUACGUUGAAGGAAAAACUUUGGAAUUUGCAAAAUCAUUCGAAGAAACGAGUCCGUCAACGCCAAUUUUUUUCAUUCUUUCUCCCGGCGUCAAUCCAUUAAAAGACGUUGAAGAAUUGGGACGAAAAAUUGGUUUCACGAGUCAAAAUGAAAAUUUUCAUAACGUGUCAUUAGGACAGGGGCAAGAAGUUGUAGCCGAAGGAGCGAUGGACGUGGCAGCACAAAAAGGUCAUUGGGUCAUAUUACAAAAUAUUCAUUUGGUUAAAAAAUGGUUGCCGUCUUUGGAAAAAAAAUUGGAACAUUUUUCUGAAAAUUCUCACAGCGAUUAUAGAGUAUUCAUGAGUGCUGAACCAGCAGCCACACCGAGUGCACACAUAAUACCACAGGGAAUUUUGGAAUCGUCGAUAAAAAUAACGAACGAACCUCCUACGGGAAUGCAAGCAAACAUUCAUAAAGCUCUGGACAAUUUCAAUCAGGACACUUUGGAAAUGUGCGGAAAAGAAGCGGAAUUCAAAGCCAUUUUAUUUUCUCUAUGUUAUUUUCAUGCUGUCGUCGCGGAAAGAAGAAAAUUCGGACCCCAAGGAUGGAAUAGAAUUUAUCCAUUUAAUAUUGGUGACUUAACGAUAAGCGUAAGCGUUUUAUAUAAUUAUUUGGAAGCAAAUGCAAAAGUUCCUUGGGAAGAUCUCAGGUAUCUUUUCGGUGAAAUCAUGUACGGCGGUCACAUAACGGAUGACUGGGAUAGAAGAUUAUGCAUAUCGUACCUCGAAGAACUCAUGCAACCUGAUUUGGUCGAUGGUGAACUCAUGCUCGCUCCAGGAUUUCAAGCUCCACCGAAUGUUGAUUACGUCGGAUUUCAUUGUUACAUAGAUGAAGCUAUGCCUCCGGAAAGUCCUUACCUUUACGGUUUGCAUCCGAAUGCUGAAAUUGGAUUUUUAACAACUUCGGCUGAAAAUUUAUUUCGAACGGUUUUUGAAAUGCAACCGAGAGACGCGGGUGCAUCCGGUGGAACGACCGUUACGAGAGAAGACAAAGUGAAACAAAUUCUCGAUGAAAUAAUUGAAAAACUUCCCGAUGAAUUCAAUAUGGCGGAAAUAAUGAGCAAAGUAGAAGAAAGAACUCCUUACGUGAUUGUUGCUUUUCAAGAAUGUGAAAGAAUGAAUUUUUUAACGGGUGACAUGAAAAGAUCUUUAAAAGAACUUGAUUUAGGAUUGAAGGGUGAACUCACGAUAACUUCCGAUAUGGAAGAUUUAGAAAAUUCAUUAUUUUUGGAUCAAGUUCCGAACGUUUGGAGCAGGAGAGCAUAUCCAUCACUUUUAGGUUUAACGUCUUGGUUUGCCGAUUUAUUGCUAAGAUUAAGAGAAUUAGAAACUUGGGCAACGGAUUUUCUUCCGUCGUCCGUAUGGUUGGCCGGAUUUUUCAAUCCUCAAAGUUUUUUAACCGCCAUAAUGCAAAGCACGGCGAGAAAAAACGAAUUGCCGCUCGAUAAAAUGUGUUUACAGUGUGACGUCACGAAAAAACAAAAAGAAGAAUUCACAACUGCUCCCAGAGACGGAGCAUACGUACACGGUUUGUUCAUGGAAGGUGCUAGAUGGGACGUGGCACAAGGCGUUAUUACCGAUUCAAGACUUAAAGAAUUAUUUCCCACGAUGCCGGUCAUCAAUAUAAGAGCUAUAACUCAAGACAAACAAGAUUUAAGAAAUAUUUACGAAUGUCCAGUGUACAAGACGAGAACAAGAGGACCGACUUACGUCUGGACAUUCAAUUUAAAAUCGAAAGACAAACCAUCGAAAUGGACUCUAGCCGGAGUUGCAUUGCUCUUACAAGUUUAA